AAAGGAACAGAAGUUUACAAAAUCAUCAGUUUCACCUAAUCAAAACACUCGCGUCACCGAGUUCUCCAAGUUGGAUAUCACCAACACCAAUACCAUGUUUCCACAACGUGGAUUACGUAUUUUAUUAGUAACAGAAGAAACAUCCUUUUCAAAACUCCCCUUCUGGGCUGCGCAUGUAUAAAGAACCCCGUUGCUAUUCUUAUAGUACUCAGCCAAAAAAGAAAAAAAAAAUAACGUUUUUUUUAUAUUUCAUUUAUCCCGUACACUUUUCUUUUUCUUUACUUCUUAGUCAUAUUUGAUUAGCACUCAAUUCUCGUCUUUGGCCUCAUAGUUGUUCUUCGUUUUUCUUUCAAGCCACAAAAAGAAUAGGCGAUGGAAGUUCCUUACAAGAGAGUUAUGUCUCUUUACGCUCUCUUUCUUGUUUACUUUGGAAUGGUUGGAAUGCUUUUGUCUGCAGAGCUUCAAAAGUUCAAUCAAGCCGCCAAAGACGACGGAUCUCUGAGCUUUCUGGUCAUCGGGGAUUGGGGUCGAAGGGGCAGUUUCAACCAAUCCGAAGUCGCUUUUCAGAUGGGAAAGGUUGGCGAAAAACUGGACAUCGAUUUUGUAGUUUCGACUGGAGACAAUUUUUAUGACAAUGGAUUAACCAGUGAACAGGACCCAACUUUUGAGGAGUCAUUUUCCAAAAUCUACACUGCAAACAGCCUGCAAAAGCAGUGGUACAGUGUGCUGGGCAACCACGACUACAGGGGCGAUGCAGAGGCCCAACUGAGCCCAUUCCUGAGGAAAGUUGAUAGCAGAUGGCUCUGCUUGAGAUCUUUUGUGGUAAAUGCUGGCUUGGCAGAGAUUUUCUUUGUGGACACUACCCCUUUAGUCGACAUGUAUUUUUCGGACCCGGAGGGUCAUUCAUACGAUUGGAGGGGUAUUUCGCCGCGGAAAGCUUAUAUUUCGAGCCUAUUAAAGGAUGUAGAAUUAGCAUUGAGCGAAUCUUCCGCCACGUGGAAGAUUGUUGUUGGUCACCACGCUAUUCGAAGCGUGGGGCAUCACGGUGACACGAAGGAGCUGAUGGAGCAACUUCUCCCAAUCCUAAAGGCCAACAAUGUUGAUUUUUACAUGAAUGGACAUGACCAUUGCCUUGAACAUGUUAGCGACACAAGCAGCCCAAUACAAUUUCUAACCAGUGGAGCAGGGUCAAAGGCAUGGAGGGGAGACAUAAAAGGAUUAAACGGGCAUGGAGUCAACUUCUUCUAUGAUGGACAAGGCUUUAUGUCCGUACAAUUGACACCAUUGGAAGCGGAGAUUGCAUUCUACGACGUCCUUGGCAAGGUUUUGCACCGAUGGAACAAGUCCAAGCUACUUCACUCCUCGAUAUAAAACUUAUGUAAUCAGAACAAAUUUUUCUUUUAAGAUUUUUUUCAUUCAAGGGUUUAGCUCGGUUAGAAGUAUUGUUGGUCAUUGGAAUUUAAAUUUUUUUUCCCUUUAAUUGUUGGCUACUAUUUAUUCAGCUUCAAACAAUUGAUCGUAUGGAAGUGAAAGCUUGCAACAAAUGGAAAACCCGA